GCAGAGCUGGAGUAAAGUGAGGCCACCGGACGCAGGGCGACUCCCGGCUCCCAUUUGGAUUGACCUGAGAAGAUGUCUGGAUUUCUAGAAGGCGCAAGAUGUUCAGAGUGCAUGGACUGGGGAGAGAGGCGGAAUACUGUUGCCUCCAUCGCUGCUGGCAUUCUAUUUUUCACAGGGUGGUGGAUCAUCAUAGAUGCAGCUGUUAUUUAUCCCAGUAUGGAGGAAUUCAACCACUCAUACCAUGCUUGUGGCGUCAUAGCAACCAUAGCCUUCCUCAUGAUUAACGCAGUGUCAAAUGGACAAGUACGAGGUGACAGCUACAGUGAAGGCUGUCUGGGCCAGACAGGCGCUCGCAUCUGGCUCUUCAUUGGUUUCAUGUUGGCCUUUGGAUCCCUGAUUGCAUCCAUGUGGAUUCUCUUUGGAGGUUAUGUCGCUAAGGAAAAGCCCGUAGUAUAUCCUGGAAUUGCUGUAUUUUUCCAGAAUGCCUUCAUCUUUUUUGGAGGGCUGGUGUUUAAGUUCGGCCGCACGGAGGACUUGUGGCAAUGAAGAUACCCACCGGCCCGCCUCUGCAGCACAGCCACCUGCAUGGGAUUUUUUUUUUUUCACUGCUCACCCAGUCUUUUGUAAUGCUGUUUUCUAAACGUAUUUCUGAGUAUAAUCUCAGCUUAAAAUUGUAUAAUGCUAGAAUCAUGAGAACUCGUAUGUAAACUGCAACAGUCUAGUAUGGCGUGCUCCUAUUCAGCUUUUGCAAUGGGAAGGGAAACUGUUGACAUGAGUAACUUUGUCAGCUUCUAUCAUGGUCUGAGAAAUGGUGGAGCCUUCAGGGUGAGGAUUUGCUCUGGGAUCCAAAGUGUUUGUUUACUAAGCACGGCCUCUACCGUGUCCAAUGUGGAAUAAUGUAUAAACAUUUUCUUGUUAUUAAAAAC